AUGCUGCUGUGGGCGAUACUGCUGGUCCUGGCUUCUAUUCGUGGACAGUUUGCAACUACGCCAAAACCUUUUGUUUCCCUCCAUCCUCCGUGGACAGUCAACUUUGAAGGGGAGACAGUGAAUCUGACUUGCAAUGGAUUUCACCCCUAUUCACCCCGGAAAACAGUAUGGUACCAUAAGCGAUUUGGUGCUGAGAUGUCAAGGGAGAUCCCAGGAAACACCUUCCUGGUCCAUGAGUCUGGAGACUACAGAUGCCAGGCGAAGGGCUCAGCUUCAAGUGACUCUGUGCACCUGAUCUUCUCUAAAGCUCCACUGAUUCUGCAGGCUCCACUUGCUAUUUUUGAAGGGGACUCCGUGGUCCUGAGGUGCAAAUCAAAGGCAGAAGUAGCAAUGACUACAAAGACCAUUAAGAAGAAUAAUCAGCACCUAGAACGGCUUGAUGAAAGUCCGGAGUUCCACAUUCGUCAUGCAAGUCUGAAGGACAACGGUGACUAUCAGUGUACCGGACAUAAGCAAACUUGUUGUGCUGUUUCCUCCAACGCAAUCAAAAUCCAAGUUCUAGAGUUGUUUCCACGUCCUGUGCUGGCAGCCAGCUCCUUCCAGCCCAUUGAUGGGAGCCCAGUGACCCUGACCUGUAAGACCCAGCUCCCUCCACAGAAGUCGCAUGUCCAGCUCCAGUUCCGUUUCUUCAGAGACAGCCAGACCCUGGAAACAGACUGGCGUGACUCUCCGGAGCUCCAGAUUCCUGCCAUGUGGAUUGAAGAUUCGGGGUCCUACUGGUGCAAGGCAGGCACAAUGAGUUCCCUCAUUUGGAAAGAGAGCACGAGAUCCCGAAUUCAAGUGCAAAGAGCUGCUCCCAACAUUCAAAUACGCACUGUCCCAACCGCAGAGUCAGUGUUUGAAGGGCAAGAGUUGGUGCUCAUCUGCUCGGUAGAGGGGGUCCCAGGGCCCAUCACAGUGUCCUGGUAUAAGCUACUCAACAAGAGAAGUAAGAGAACAAAAAUUCAGGAUUCCCAAGAAGCAGAAUUCAAGAUCCACGAGGUGGCAAACAGCGAUGCUGGAGAGUACUUCUGUAUAGCCAGCAACAGUCGUCGCUCCUAUACCAGCAUUCCCAUAACCAUCAAUGUAAGAGUCCCAGUGUCUCAGCCUGUCCUGACCCUCAGCACUGUGAAGUCCCGGAUUGUUGAGGGAGACACAGUGAUCUUUCGCUGUGAAGCCCAGAGAGGUUCUUUGCCGAUCCUGUACCAGAUUUUUCGUGAAAAUGUAUUUCUGAAGAAGAUAGAAGUCACUUCAUGGAAACGGUCUGUCAGCUUCUCUUUGACCGCAGAGCAUUCUGGGAACUACUACUGCAUAGCUAACAAUGGCUUGAAGAACAAGAGCAGCCAGGCAGUGAGCCUCUCCAUCACAGUCCCUGUGUCUUUCCCUGUCCUCACUCUCAGCACGGCUGAGGGCCAGGCCCUGGAGGGAGACUUGGUGACACUCCACUGUGAAGCCUGGAGAGGCUCUCUCCCCAUCCAGUACCAGUUUUUUCACAAGGAUGUCUCCCUGGAGAGAAGCCUAACCACCUCUGGAGGAGGAGCAUCCUUCAGUUUCUCUGCGACAACAGAACAUUCCGGCAACUACUACUGCACAGCUAACAAUGGCUUUGGCAUCAAGAACAGUAAGCCAGUGAGCCUCUCCAUCACUGUUCCAGUGUCUCGCCCUAUCCUCACCCUCAAGGCUCCCAGGACGACGGCUGUGGUGGGGGACGUGGUGGAGCUGCACUGUGAGGCUAUAAGAGGUUCCCCCCCAAUCCUGUACAGAUUUUAUCAUGAGAAUGUUAUCUUGGGGAGCAUCUCAGCCCCUACUGGAGGAGGAGCAUCCUUCAACCUCUCCUUGACUGCAGAACAUUCUGGAAACUACUCCUGUGAGGCUGACAAUGGCCCAAGGACCCAGCACAGUGACACAGUGUCACUCAGUGUCACAGUUCCAGUGUCUCGCCCUGUCCUCACCCUCAGGGCUCCGAGGGCCCAGGCUGUGGUGGGGGACGUGGUGGAGCUGCACUGUGAGACCCCAAGAGGCUCUCCCCCAAUCCUGUACCGGUUUUAUCAUGAGGGUGUCACCUUGGGAAACAGCUCAGCCCCCUCUGGAGGAGGAGCAUCCUUCAACCUCUCCCUGACUGCAGAACAUUCUGGAAACUACUCCUGUGAGGCCAGUAAUACACUGGGAGCCCAGCAGAGUGAGAUGGUGACACUCAAAGUCACAGUUCCAGUGUCUCGCCCUGUCCUCGCCCUCAGGGUCCUUAGGGCCCAGGUUGUGGUGGGGGACGUGGUGGAGCUGCACUGUGAGACCCCAAGAGGCUCUCCCCCAAUCCUGUACCGGUUUUAUCACGAGGAUGUCACCCUGGGGAGCAGCUCAGCCCCCUCUGGAGGAGGAGCAUCCUUCAACCUCUCCCUGACUGCAGAACAUUCUGGAAACUACUCCUGUGAGGCUGACAAUGGCGUGGGGACUGAGCGCAGUGAGGUGGUGACACUCUCCAUCUCAGGGCUGACUGAGAACAGAAGUGGUCCUGUUGCCACAGGAGUCACCGGGGCACUGCUCAGCAUAGCUGGUCUCGCUGCAGGGGCACUGCUGUUCCAUUGCUGGCUCUCAAGAAAAACAGAGAGAAAGCCUGCCUCUAAUCCCUCCAGGAAUUCUUCAGACUCAGACCCCCAAGAGCCCACUUACCACAAUGUACCAGCCUGGAUAGAACUACAGCCAGUGUACAGUAAUGUAAAUCCUAGAGGAAGUGACGUGGUUUACACGGAAGUACGGAGAAUCCAAGGGGAAACCAAACCCACAGAAGACGAAUCUGUGAUGAAAGAACCGAUGAGACACAACAUAAAUGCCUUUCUUCUGCGAGGCCCCGGGCAGCUGAGAACAGCGAACACAGCGCAAGGGGAUGUUGCAGGGAGGGCUGGGCAGCGCUGUGAGGCUGGGGAGGGAAGGACCAGGGGGAGUGGCCGACUGGAUGAGGGCGGCACCGAGCUGUGGGGAGAGCUCCAAGAAGCUGCCACAGCUGAGCACUUCUCUUCUCUCCACAGCGCCCUCUGCACCUGCGCUCCUCGGGAACAAGUGGAGCAGUUGCAGAUUCUUCAGAAGAAAAUGAGGAGAAAGCCUCAGAAAUCCUCUGAAAGAGGCCUUAAGGCUGGAAAAGCCCUGCACAGCAUACUGGCUCCCAUUUCCGCCUGCAGUCAAGGGCAGGGACCCCAGGCUCACACAGUGCUGUAUGCAGUCCACCUCACCCCUGGCUACCGGGUGCUGAAGGAGAGGAGGAGGCACACAGCUGCCCUCUCUGCUGGCCAUGGCGAGAGGCACCCUGGAGCUACCCCAGAGCCUGCAGCCCACAACGUUCUCACUGAAACUCUCGGCGAGGGGUUGGAGCCUCAGUCAAAGACCAUUAACAUCUGGAAAACAAAGGCCCAGGCACAGGCGAGCACGAGGGAGCGGGGACCUAAGUCAGAGGAGACCGACUUAGAGGGACUGCUGGAAGCUUUAAAGGGGAAGAUGACCAAGAGAGGGCCUGGGCCCAGGGGCAGCGAGGUGGGAGGGCUCAUUCCACAGGCCAAUUUCAAGGCCAGCCUGCCGUCGUCAGGGUGGAGAGGCGACAGCCAUCUUCAAGAAGGGAACGUCCACUCUGUGACGGCUGAUGACCUCAUAAGCUGA